GGCAAACAGGGAAGCAGGAAAAAAAGUCUGUCGACUAAACUCGCCACAACAGUGACGAUUAUUUCCAACAACAACAACCGCAGGCACCCGUCGGAAGUUGUCGAACUCCAAACCGGAAGAGUGUGUCUCUGCCCCGGAGUGGUUUGCGGCUGAAGUUGACGGUGCCUGGGUGAACUUGUUCCCAGUUGUUAUGGUGGAUGUUAGCGCCGGCUCCGCGGGACAAGCGACGCUGCUGCCCUUGCUUUGACCUGGGUUCCUGCGUUCCCGGUACCGAGGAGGGAGAUUCGGUUAAGGAAGAGGGCGACAGUCGGAAUGGCCGAGGCUCGGUCCGAGGAGGAGGAGGAAAGCAUGAGAGACACACGGGAACAAGUGGUCCGGCGACAGGCGAAUAGCUCCGAAGGUCGUGCUCGCAGACGUAAACCAGAACAUCGGCUCAGUCAGGGUCCACUCUCGUCCAUCAGAGCUGCUUUCAAGAGGACGUCCGCAAGGUCAUCGUCUUUAAGUGAGACACCUGGUGAGGGAGACAGAGAGAGAGAGCGAGACAGGGAAAGAGAGCGAGAGAGAGAACAAGCAAGAGAAAGAGGCAGGAGGCGACCAGAAAUCACUAUUCUCUCAGCUGAGCCGCUCGCAUCUUCUUCCUGGUUCCCGGCUCCUUCUGGGGGCUUCCCUCUGCCUCCGCCGCCCCCUGCACAGAUCUGGGGAUCUUCAAUCCCACCGUCCAUUCAGCCACCUCCUUCCUAUGAAGAGGUGAUCAGGGAGAAGACACAGGAGCAGGUCCUCCGUCCGUCGUCCUCCGCCUGCUCUUUAUCUUCGUCACAUUCAGCUUCCACUAUAACCAUCGCCACUCAGACGGACAAAGGAUCUCCUCUGGGUACUCCAGAUGCUCGAGAGAGACCAGCCAGACCACCAAGACCACCGCUUCCUUUCCCACGAGCGGUGUCAUGUGAUGGCAUAACUAGCGACAUCUCAACAAAAAACAACCUUCAGAUCUCUGACCUUCUCAUUGAUGUUUCCUCUUCUUCGAACACCGUCUGCACUCCUCCGACUGGUGAUCAACCCUCUUCUCCUUCAUCCACUUCCUCUGGUGCCCCAGGCGAGCGUCCGCAGCCACGCCCUCGCUCAAAGCUCAGUGCAAAAGCAGUAGACACCAAGGUCAAAGUCCAGACUUUAGUGAAACUGCGUGAGGACGGUUUGGCCACCUUAGCUGCUCGUGCAGGAUCCAAGCAAGAGGUAGCUCAAGGGAAGUACCUCCAGGAGCUGCUGGAGGCAUUCAGCUCUGACGACUGGGGAUUCCCUGAACAUCAGGACUGCCGGUCCGACACAGAAGACGAGGAGGACAUUGAGGAUAUGUCGUCUCUGAAAGCCAGGAUUCAGGCCUUUGAGCAGCAGCAUCCCGUGGUUAACUAUGGUGAUGAUGGAGAUGGCACAAACGUUGGUGCUCCAAAAAGACCUGAACCACAACCCCGUCCACGUCUCCAAAGCCAACCUGCUAAAUCCCCUCCGCCUAUCGUUGCUCCAAAACCCAAAGUACUAUCGCAUAAACCUUCAAGCAAAGGUUUUUGGGAAGAAGAAAGUUCAACUGGGAACAUGGGAAGCCCUGACGCUUCAACUGAAUCUAACGCAGAAGAUCAAAAUGCUGUUGAGUCUGUCAGCAAUUCCACCUCUGAAACGUUCUCGGUCCCGCAGCCAUUUAAAAAGCCUGAGGUAUCACCAAAACCUAUGACAGAACCGCCACACUCCUCCACCCCCGUCCCUUCUCCCAGGGAGCGCGAGGCCUCUACUGCACAUCCCAAACCUCCACCUAGACCCACUGUUGCCCCUCGAGUCAGUCCAAGUACUCCACAGCCAGAGAAGACCCCCAAACGUCGGCAGACAGCCCCAACACUACCACCCAGGCCCACCAUGGAACUCAUUUGUGGGGGUCAAAUGAAGCCUACAAGCCAAGAGGUCGAGACUGAAGUCCAAACUGGUGUCCCGACCAAACGGGUGGUGGCUGCACCACGCAGAGCCAGCGCUCCAGCUCUGGCCCCAAAGCCUGUCGGACUUUCUCAGGCUCAGCCCGAAACAAAUGUGGUCCAAGUCAGACCUGCCCAUCUCACGACGGUGACAGUAUCUAAAGCUCCAGCACCGGCCUUGAGGCAAAGCUCUCUGGACUCGCCCCUCCCACCACGGCCCUCUGAUGUGAAGCCCCUCCCUCUACGCCCACCUCCUAUCAAGGCUGCACCAGGUCGCCCCCCUCCUCCCUCACUCAGCAGUUCAACCAAGACCACUUGCGUUCCCGCUGCUGCACCCUCUGCCGGCCAGGUUUCGUCAUCACUCCAGGUUCAAAAGGCACAGAAGAAAGGGCCUCCACUGCCUCCCCGCCCCAAGCCUGGACACCCCCUCUAUAACAGCUACACUAAACAGGAGGUUCUUAUCGUCCUGGACGACCCGAGUCCUGCUCCUGUGGGCGACGGGACAAGUCAAACCGCCGUUCCUCUCAUUUCUGACUCACUGCAGUGUCUGCUGGACCUGGACACUCCGCAUGAGCCCGUUCAAGAUCAUGUCAGCCAGUCCAAACACCACAUGGAAAGCAUCAUCGUGUCCGAGUCCCAGGUCGACUUGGUGUCCAUCUUGCCGACGCUGGCGACUGAGCUGAAGGAGCAAACCGACACUCCUGUCAGUGGUCCUCGGUGCGUCGCCUUGUUUGACUACGAAGGGGAGGAAGAGGACGAGCUGACCUUCUCGCAGGGCGAUGUCAUCUCCCUGCUGGAGCCCGUCGACAGCGAGUGGGUCCGUGGACAGAUACACGGACGUAUUGGGAUUUUUCCUCUGCAUUUUGCCAACGUGGUGGAGCCUCUUGUCUCGGAGAAGAACUCCUCUGCAUUGAUCGAAAGCAUUGAACCCAAGACCUCUGAAAGCUGCGUAACACAGGCAGAUGAAUGGGCAGUAGCUCUCUUUGACUUCCCUGGUCAGACUGAAGAAGAUCUUUCUUUCCACAAGGGGGCGCUCAUUCAAGUUAUCGAGCACAUCGACCAUGAGUGGAGGAGAGGAAGACUUGAGGGCAGCGAGGGUCUUUACCCUGCUGCUUUCACACAGAGCUGCUGCCAAGCUUGGCCAAUCAGUGAGCAACAGCCAUGUCAUAAGGGCGUGGCCAAAGCCGUCUUUGACUUCACAGCAGAGAGCGAAGAGGAACUCACAAUGAAGGCCGGUGAUGUCAUCACUGAGGUGGAGGCUGUGGACGAGCAGUGGAUUGUGGGAGUUGUGGGCGGGAAGCGUGGGAUCGUACCUAAAAAUUACAUUUCACUUGAUUCAUGACACAUUUCAUCCUUCAAAUUUCAAAACAAAAAAAUGUGUUGUCACCCAGAAGCCCUUGACAAGCACAGUGAACGUCAUGCUUUUUUUAUUUUUUAAAGACUUAAAAAAAAAAAAAGCAUGACCUCCACCACUUUUUUUGCACCAGACUUUCCAUGACUUAGUGAAGAUUUAGCCUAAAGGCAUUUCCUGUCUUUGUCAGUGGCCUUUAUGAAUUGCUGACUUACAUUUCAGGGUUGCCAUGACAACAGAGACUUUCUGAGGCGACAAUGACAGUGUAUGUAUUUAGGAAGAGCUUGUAGUCGAUACUGAAAUUAAACCAAUACUUGACCGGUACCGACCAUAAUUUUCAACCUUUUACUGAGCUCAAGGAGACGGUGCGUUUCCAAAGUGGUCCAAAUGUUUUCUUUUGCCACAUGGAGGUUAUUUAUAAGAUAAAGUAGCUUCUAUUUACAGUGAUGUUGAUGUGUACAACAUGUAGCAGCUCAGUUACCUGUAUAUGACACUUAGCAAAAUCACAUCACCUCCCAGCUUUCAUGUUCGUCUUUGUUUUUGUACUUGAGUUGGCAGUUCCAUUUUUCAAAAACACUCAAUUUUUUGGCUGACGGGAAGCAACGUUAGUGUAACUGUAAAACUCACCUAGAAUAUUUCACCCUCCGUGACGGCAAUUACGACAUUAAUGACCCUGUAAUGUUGCACUUUAAUACGUCCCAGGGGUCGGAGCACCGUCAUGCCUGCUCUCCAGAGAGGAUGGUUCAUGAAUGCUUUUGUAGCUGAUGCUUUUUCUCAGAACAUUCCAGCUUUUAAUGCAAAUAAAACUUUGAAGACAUGUUGGUGGUCUCUCCUGUUCUGUUUUUUUUUCCCCAAGUUCAAAUCCACAUUAAGGCAUCAUAUUGCAUUAUUGAAUUAUACGACUCCUGAAGUGAGGUUAUUGUAUUUUUAUCAUUAAUAACACAUUGGUUUUGCCACAUUUGUUUUUUUAUUGAUUUAUUUUAAGUUCUUGGGCAGUGUUUAUGAAAAUAAAGUAUUCCUUUUAAUCUAAAUUCAACUGUUAUUUUUGAGAUAUCCCAUCACAUGAAUGUUUUGUUCCAGUUCAUUCAAUCCAUCAAAAGGUCUUCUAUUUGUAGAAAGCCCCACCCCCAACUUUAUCAUGUCCUUGAGGAUGAGACCGCAGCUAACCUUGGGGUGUCUGGGGUUGUUCUACAUGAGUUAGAGGGGUCUGGCCUUGAAUGGCGAACGACACUCAUGAAGAACAGCACAACCAGAAAAAAACUGAAACACAUUUCCUAAAACAAAAGCACAAAUACAGUUACUGUGGUGGCGACCAGGGUUUUUGUGAUUGUACUUUCAUUUUUGCAAAUGGGAUUUUGUUUUCGUAGUUGUGAUUCCAUUUUUGCAAAUGUUCUCUCGUUUCUGUUUUGCAUUUCUUCUGUGACUCUUAUAUGUGGACCACCGAACAGCACGUAUUCCGCUCCCCACAAGUCAUAAUAUCAGUUCAGCGGUCAUAAAAGCCAGCA